UAACGGCAGUCUGUGAUUAACAACACGAACAGGUGAUAUUUGCAAGAACCAAAGAGGAAAGAAAAAAAAGUUUAAUCGAGUACCGAAAUCUUGAGUUGAUCAUAAGGAGAAGAUUUGAAGAAAAAAUAUAGCGGACUAACGGUAAAACCUUGACGGACGAAGAGGUGUCUUAGAAAAACACAAAAAAAACAGGUCAUCAGAGUACCUCCCAAACGUUCACUGCAUACAAUAAAAACUUGAAGUCGGCCGCUCACGGUUUCACUUUUACGCUCACAACGUUCAAACGCGCAUCGUGCUAUUAUUCGAACAUCAUGAGGAGCGCAACUUUUGUUUUGUUGUUUGCAUUAGCAUGUGUUUCGUUUGCUGAAGAAGAAAAGAAGUUGAAGAUUGGUGUUUACUAUGAAUCCCUGUGCCCGGACAGUUUGAGAUUCAUCACGAAGCAAUUGAAUCCAUCAUGGAGCGACGUCUCCGAAUACGUAGACAUCACCUUCAUUCCAUUCGGUAAAAGCGAGAGCGUAAAAGACGGUGAAUACUUUAGGUGUCAGCAUGGACCGGAAGAAUGCAAAGGAAAUCGCAUCCAAUCCUGCGCCUUGGACGCUUUAACCGAUCAAACCAAAGAAGUUGAAUUUGUCAACUGUUUCAUGACCGAAUACAACAAAUACUCCGACAAAGACUUCGGCGAAGUGUGCAUCGAAAACGCCGGAUUGAAAGUUGAAGACGUCAAGAACUGCUUCGAUUCUGAUAAGGGAAAAGAACUUCAAUUGCAAGCGGAGAAAGACACGAUCGCAAUCAGUCCCAAAUUCGUUCCCACAGUUGUUUACAACGAGGUUUUCGACCAGAAACUGCAGCAAGACAGUAUGACCGACUUCAAAGGGACCGCCUGCAAAUUAAUUAAGGAAAACCACCCAAACGCCUGCUAAAUAAUACACGUUGUGCUUUAAGAAUGUCAGAUUUUAUUUAAUAAAGAAAACACGUCUUAAUAUGUAAAUAAACACAUUACUAAAAAAUAAUACAAUACUGUAACGAACGUACGUACAUACACAAAAAAAAGUAUUAAGAGAAAACAUUAUAUAUAAAAAACUAAAUAAGUGUAAAAUAAGUCAGAGGCUAAAAUACAAUACUGGAGAGUGAAACUGUAAUACUUUAAAACCUAAAAAAGAGCAAUACUGUGCGUAAUAUGAAAUAAAACUUAACUAAAUAUGUCAAA